AUGCUAGAAACAAAAAAGACCACCUCGGGGAGGGGGGCGGAGAAAUUACAGGGGGCGCGUAUGGGGGUUAGGGUUGAGGCGUUAGCACAUAUUAGGUAUCCUUGCACCGGGCGGUCGGGAUUCUCCGGCGGCACAGUUGAUGUUCUUAACGCCGUGUUCGAAGCUUGGCUCUCACUCUUCUGUCCUCUGCUCCAGCGAAGUCUGCUGUUCUCUACCUCCUUCGCAUCUCCCUUCAUUUCAUUGCAUUAUGUGUCGGCCGUAAAUCGACAUCUGAUCGCCCAGCUGGACGAUGGCGCACCUCCCAACCGCCUUAUUGAGAUUGCGGACUCCUUUCCGGACGACCUCAUUGUCAGAUGCUUUGUGACACCAUUUGCCAGACACUCAUACAAGGCCCUACUAGCGGUCAUGAUCUUCAUCUAUGGCUCGUUCAUCACAUGCAACUUUUGGGACGACGGAAAAGUUUGUGAUCGAAGGCUUACCUCCUUGCUCUUCUUUAUGGGACUUGGAUUUAUGAUAUUAAUCGGCUACACGGCUCACCUUCGGAGGAAGCUCGAGAGGCAGAAGCGAUUGCCGCAGGACUUUUAA